AAGUGUGGACACUUGAGUCGCCAUUAUAUGACCUCAUCACUGGAGAUGUUGAAGGUGCGAGAGAACCUAAGGAUCCAGAUCCAGAAUGGAAGGUUAAAGAACCUGUUGUACAUGCGGUGGAAACUAGAGCUCAAAGGAAGGAAACAGAAAAACACUAUAGGCCAAUGAAAGUACCAUCAGCAUUACAGGAUUGUACGAUAGAUGACCUAAAGCGUGAGCAAAAGGAUGACAAGUCACUUAGUAAGAUGUGGAGGCUCGCGGAGACAGCUGAAGUUUGCGAACGAAAUGAUGGUGGGACAUCAUCGUUGUUUGUGCGCAACGGAAUUCUAUACAGGAAAUUUCAAAGUCCAAAGGUAGCAAUUGGUAGAGAAUUUCGACAACUGGUUGUACCAGAACUUUUUCGCUCUAAAGUUCUGAAGAUGGCUCAUGAAUCGAUUAUGGCAGGACAUCUAGGUAUUCGACGGACAGGGCAGAGAAUUCUUUCAGAGUUUUUCUGGCCAGGAGUACAAGCUGAUGCUACAAGAUUCUGCAGAUCUUGUGAUAUAUGCCAACGUACAUCUCCCAAAGGAAGGGUGGUCAAGGCACCUCUAGGAACUAUGCCGUUGAUUGAUACACCUUUUAAAAGAGUUGCAGUUGACUUGGUGGGGCCGAUUCAACCUCCGACAGACAGGAAAAAUCGCUAUAUCCUUACCGUUGUUGACUAUGCAACUAGGUACCCGGAGGCAGUACCCUUACCUGGAAUAGAGGCAGAGAGAGUGGCAGAGGCGUUAGUCGAUAUUUUCAGUCGUGUGGGCAUUCCAUCAGAGAUGUUGACCGACCAAGGGGCUCAAUUCACAUCAGAAGUGAUGAAAGAAGUAAGUAGGCUUCUCUCCUUUCGGCGGUUGACUACGACACCAUAUCAUCCGAUGUGUAACGGGCUAGUGGAAAAGUUCAACGGAACGCUAAAACAGAUGUUACGCCGGAUGUGCGCAGAGAGACGCAGAGACUGGGACAAAUACAUUAACGCACUCCUGUUUGCUUAUAGAGAAGUUCCACAGGAGAGUCUUGGAUUUUCGCCAUUUGAACUUCUUUAUGGAAGGACUGUGCGUGGGCCAAUGAAGAUCCUCAAGGAGCUAUGGACUAAAGAACUUCCAGAUGAUGAAGUAAAGACAACUUACCAAUAUGUUGUUGACUUGAGGGAAAAGCUCGAGGAAACUUGUCGUCUUGCCAAUGAGAGUCUACAAGUGGCAAGAGGUCGCCAGAAGAGGCACUAUAACAAAAGAGCAAAACUACGGAAUCUGAAGGUUGGGGACAAGGUGUUGGUAUUACUUCCUACCAAGAAGAACAAACUCAUGCUGCAAUGGCGUGGACCUUACGAAGUGAAGGAACGUCUAGGACCUAUUGACUACAGAGUUGAGGUUGGAGGAAAACUGAAGACAUUACACGUCAACCUACUGAAGAAAUAUUAUGAGAGGAGUGAGGAAGACAAGAAGAACACUAGUCGUGGACAGAAGGGUAGUGACGGUACACCAGGACAUAUUGCUGUCGCUGUCAUUGAUGAUGACGAGGGUACAGAUCAUGACCUAUUGGACAGAGAAUUAGAAGUGUUUCCACAACCGACAGGGAAAGAGACAUUAGACGAUGUGUCGAUAGGAGAAAUAGUGACUGAAGGACAGAAGGUGGGAAUGACAAGAAUGCUGGAAGAGUUUCGGGAUGUACUUACAGAUAUUCCAGGAGAGACUAAUUUCGUGGAGCAUGAUAUUUUGACUACUUCGAGAGAUCCUGUUCGGGUGAAGCCAUAUCCACUUCCAUUUAGCACCAGGGAGACUAUCAAAAAGGAGAUAGAUAAGAUGUUGGAGAUGAAGGUAAUCGAGUCAUCAAAUUCGCCAUAUGCUGCACCUGUGGUGAUAGUAAAGAAGAAGGAUGGCACGAACCGGUUCUGCAUCGAUUUCCGCCAACUCAACCGAGUAACCAUUUUUGACGCAGAACCGAUGCCUAACACAGAGGAUAUGUUUUCUCGGCUUGGAGGUUUCCGAUACUUUUCGAAGUUGGACCUCACCAAAGGGUAUUGGCAGGUACCGAUGGCUGAAACAGCGAAGGAGAAGACCGCGUUCAUCACUCCAGUGGGACUGUUUCAGUUUCGUGUGAUGCCCUUCGGUCUGGUAAACGCCCCAGCGACAUUUUGCAGACUGAUGAGGAAAGUUCUAGAUGGGUUGCGAAAUGUCGAUAGUUUUGUAGAUGACAUUCUGAUCUAUACGCAUUCCUUUGAAGAUCACAUGUAUGUUCUUAGAGAUCUGUUCCGGAGACUACGAAAGGCGGGAUUGUCAGCACGACCAACAAAGUGUUUCAUAGGAUAUCGAUCACUGGAAUGUCUGGGGCAUGUUGUCGGUGACCAGAGAUUGGAACCACAACCUGAGAAGAUAAGUGCAAUUGAACAAGCGCUGAGACCUGAGACAAAGACACAGUUGAGAUCAUUCCUUGGUUUAGCUGGGUUUUACCGGAAGUUCAUCGCAAACUUUGCAUCUAUUGCAGUACCUUUAACGGAGUUGACCAAGAAGGGGUUCCCAAAUAGAUUGGAAUGGGGUGAUAGUCAGGAGAAGGCAUUUGAAACUUUGAAGAGGGCAUUGACAGCAAAACCUAUUCUAAAACUUCCUGAUCUCAAUGAGGAUUUCAUCCUGAGGACAGAUGCAUCUGAUACCGGAUUAGGGGCGGUACUACUGCAGAUUGAGGAGGGUUUGAAGUUACCUGUUGCGUACGCGAGUAGGAAGUUGUUACAGAGGGAGCGGAAUUACGCAGUGGUUGAGAAAGAGUGUUUGGCCAUUGUGUGGGCUGUCCAGAAAUUCGAACAAUACCUGUACGGGAAGGAAUUUGUGUUGGAAACAGACCACCAGCCACUCACCUACCUACAACGCUCGAAAACUGCCAACGGUCGUCUGAUGCGAUGGGCUCUACUUCUUCAACCUUACCGGUUUAGAAUUCAGGCAAUUCGAGGAAGUGACAAUAUUGGGGCCGACUAUCUCAGUAGGUCAUAAAUUCACCAUGAUUGUUUAGCCAGUAUUUCCAAUGCGUCGUGAAUGAACUAAAAGUGUAUCCACUUUCUUCGGAAAGGGGGGAUGUGUCACGAUCGCAUAUUGGUACAGAUGUUGUAUAUAUAUAUUUAUGUUAGUAUUGAUAAUGUAUAUUGUUUUAUACUUAUUUGCAUGAAUCUCGGUUUUUAAAUAUUCCCGCUUCGAGGUGAGUAUGUGUUUGCGAGAGCGUCCGAGAGUGGUAAAAGUACUGCACGAGAGCCGAUCUGUCCAAGAUGGACGUGCAUGUCAACGUGCCAUAAAAAACCACCCGGACUUCAGACACAUAACACCUGAGAUGUGAUUUCCAUGAACGGGUUGGUAGGUGAGAGGAAUGUGGACGAGACAACUGGCGCGACACACAUUGGGUCAGUUCCACAAGGGCAGACAACUGGUGCUUCACACAGUGUGUCAGUUCUGCAAGGGCAGACAACUCAUAGUUGUACUGACAUCAUUCGUCAGUGAGGGAGCAGUCCUCAGGUCAUCUGCGGAGCCGGAGGCCUGCAUUAUAGCACAUCGGUGCUAGACCGUUCUCAGCACAUCGGUGCUAGACCCUUCUGCGGUGGGGUAUAUAUCCAUGAUUAGCGGACGUGGAUUAUAUGGUGAAGCGGAACACAAGUUUGUGAGACUUGUUUAGUCCAUCGGAUCCUAUCCAUAUUGUAUUGGGUAUUGCCCACAUAGACAGUGGAACUAUUGAUAUACAAGCGGCAACUGUGACUCCACCAACCGGAGUAAUGACAUUUAGUGUUGAAUGUAUGAAUGUGUGUUUGUGAGUGUGAGUACAUACUUAUGGGGGUUUUCUUCAAUAAUUAUUGUAAAUAAACUUGUAGAUAUUGUAUAACAAAUCGUUCUGUAUUCUCUCAGCUACCGACCGGUCGUCCAACGU